GUUCUCAGCUUUCGCUCCCCGGGCCGGCCACCAGACUUUCCAGGUCCGAGGCCUGGGUUUCCCAUCGGCCUGCGGGACUCGGCCUCUGAGGAGAAUGGAUCCUUCUUUGGAUGUGUGGGACCUCUCCUCACCUUUAUUAUCAUUAUGGAUAAACAGGUUUUACAUUUACUUGGGCUUUGCUUUUGGCCUUAGCCUUUGGAUUUUUUUCCAAAUUGUCAUCAAGAAGCAGGCCAAGAACUCGCAGACGUCUAUUCCAAAAGCAACUCAGGAUUUGAUGACAAAUGAUUAUAUCUCCCUUCACAAGAAGCAAAUAUUUGUAUCUGGAGUGAAGAUUUUCUAUGGUUCUCAGACUGGUACAGCAAAAGGAUUUGCAGCACUUCUUGCUGAAGCAGUUACUUCUCUCAAUCUGCCGGUGGAAGUUAUUAAUCUGAAAGAGUACGAUCCAGAUGAUCAUCUGACGGAAGAGAUUGCCAGUCAAAAUGUCUGUGCCUUCCUGGUUGCUACGUACACCGAUGGGCGCCCACCGGAGAGUGCGGAGUGGUUCUGCAGGUGGCUGGAGGAUGCGGCCAGUGACUUCCGGUUCAGCAAAACUUACCUGAAGGGUAUGAGAUAUGCGGUGUUUGGCCUGGGAAAUUCUGCCUAUCUAAGCCACUUCAACAAGGUUGGCAAAAGCGUGGACAAGUGGCUCUGGAUGCUCGGAGCGCGCCGCGUGCUAGCUCGAGGGGAGGGCGACUGCGACGUGGUCAGAAGCAAGCAUGGCAGCAUUGAAGCCGACUUCAUGGCCUGGAAGGCCAAGUUCAUCUCCCGGCUUCAGGUGCUUGAGAAAGGAGAGAACAAAUCCUGUGGUAGUCACUGUAAGAAAGGCAAGUGUGAGUCCAAGUCGCCUGGCUCGGAGGAGGAGACAGAGCCGGGGUCGCACCCUCAACAUGGAUCGCAGCCCAGAGACCCUGAGGAAGAAGAGCCCUGGGAGAGCUCCAGUGAGGAGGAGUCGGGGCCAGACGAGCACCUGAGCCUAAAUUCUGUCGUUGACGUCGAGGAUCUUGGCGAAAUUAUGAAUCGCAUGAAGAAGGAAAAGAGAGAAAAGGAUCACCGGGAAGGAAACACUAGUUUGUUCAGGAACACAGGGAAGAGUGAUGGCAGUGAGGGAAGAGCGAUGAUAACGCCUGCUCUCCGAGAAGCCCUUGUGAAACAAGGUUAUCAGCUGAUUGGGAGCCACUCUGGGGUGAAGCUUUGCAGGUGGACAAAGUCCAUGCUUCGAGGGAGAGGAGGUUGCUAUAAACACACAUUCUACGGCAUCGAAAGCCAUCGCUGCAUGGAAACCACCCCAAGUUUGGCCUGUGCAAAUAAAUGCGUCUUCUGUUGGCGGCACCACACCAAUCCCGUGGGCAUGGAGUGGCGUUGGAAGAUGGACCAGCCUGAGAUGAUCUUAAAGGAAGCCGUGGAGAACCAUCAGAACAUGAUUAAACAGUUUAAAGGUGUGCCAGGUGUCAAACCAGAGCGCUUUGAGGAAGGGAUGAAGGUGAAGCACUGCGCCUUGUCCCUUGUGGGAGAGCCAAUAAUGUAUCCGGAGAUCAACAGGUUCCUGCAGCUGCUCCACCACUGUAAAAUCUCCAGCUUCCUGGUCACCAACGCACAGUUCCCUGCGGAAAUCAUAAACCUGAAGCCAGUUACUCAGCUGUAUGUCAGUGUGGAUGCCAGCACCAAAGAUAGUCUGAAGAAAAUUGACCGCCCACUCUUCAAGGAUUUCUGGCAAAGAUUCCUUGACAGUUUAAAAGCCUUAGCAGCAAAGCCACAGCGCACUGUCUACAGAUUGACCCUCGUGAAGUCCUGGAAUGUGGACGAACUCCAGGCCUAUGCUGAGCUCGUAUCCUUGGGACAUCCCGACUUCAUUGAAGUGAAGGGUGUUACCUACUGUGGAGAAAGUUCAGCGAGCAGCUUGACCAUGGCCAAUGUGCCCUGGCACGAGGAGGUUGUCCGCUUUGUCCGUGAGUUGGUGGAUUUGAUCCCUGACUAUGAAAUCGCAUGUGAACACGAACAUUCCAACUGCCUCUUGAUAGCGCACAGAAAGUACAAGAUUGAUGGAGAAUGGUGGACGUGGAUUGAUUAUAACCGCUUCCAGGAACUCAUCCAGGAAUAUGAAGAUAGCGGAGAAUCCAGAACUUUCCGUGCAGAGGAUUACAUGGCCCGAACUCCUCACUGGGCCUUGUUUGGUGCCAGAGAAAGAGGCUUUGAUCCCAAGGACAUGAGACACCAGAGGAAGAGCGGAUCAAAAAACAUUGCUGGACAUUGAGCUUGUCUGAUGUCAUCAUGCUAAAGGACAAGGACGGUGGAUCCAGAAUGUCCUUAGACUCCCGUGACUUCCCAGAACAAAUCCUGCCACUUAGAUGUCAUCCAGACAGAAUGCAAGUCGUGCGACUAGGCUGGAGGGACAGCACCCACCCGUUGAGUUUCUAGACUUGGCCCCAAUGUUUCUUGCCAGAACUCGGGCCCCUUCCUGAUUAUUUCUGAGCUGAACAUCAUUUUGUGGGGGAGGGGAAGACAGUCAUUAUUGGAACUUAAUUAAUACUUUUGAGUCAUGUUUUAGUGAGACUUUCUAAACUACUAUUCAUGAGUGUUGUGUUAGGAAUAAACAGCUAUGCCUCUUCUUCGUUCUGGGUUUUUGGUUUUUUGUGGAGCAGCCAUUUAGCAUUGAGUUGUGCCACGCUGAGCUAAUGCAUCUGCUCCAAGAUCAGCACUGUCCUUUCCUGAUGCCUUUAUACAAUACCUCCUGGAAAUAAUUUGAGUUGUCACAAUUUUCAAAUAUUCUUAAAUACUGCACCAAUUGCAUUAACAUUUUGCUUUUUACCAACCACAUAUCAAAUUGUUUUGGAUCUUACAUGGCACUGGAUCCCCCUGUUCCCAUACAGAUUUUAUGGGCAGGGACAGAACAGAAGCCCUGUCACUGAGAGAGAUCCCUUGAUGGUUGCACUGAGUACUUAGCCUCAGCAGCACACUCUGGAGUGAGGAGUCUACAGAGUUGUGAAGGCUACGUCCAGCUCUUCACCACAGGCAGGCCGCCAUCUUUGUUCACUCCUGUGGCCCUCGCUGCUCCCCACAACCCAUUCUUUAAGAUUUGGAUUGUUUCUAGCUAAAAACAUCAUACUUACUAUUUUUACUCCAGGUUGUCAAAGUUAUUUUAAAAUUCUCUUAUCCAAAAAGUUAAAUUAAUAAAGGUCUUUUAUAAAGACUUCAGGCAUGAAUAUUCUUUUAUGUGCUUAAAGAGCCCUCUGGUCACAUGGUUCUGAGCCUUAUCAGACCCGCCUUCUC